AUGGCGUCGACUUCGACUGCCACUGCCGCUUACGGCAACGAUCUGGCACAUGCACAACAACAUUCCUCACAAGUCCCUUCAACUUACCCUUCGCGCACCGACGAUACUGCUCUCAGCACAGCCGAUGACUCGGACGAUCCCCCAUCCUUCUUUGUUCGCGCGCUCUACGACUUUGAGUCCAACGAUGCCAGCUCGCUCUCCUUCCAGAAAGGCGCUCUCAUCGAGGUCCUCACUCAGCUCGAAUCAGGCUGGUGGGAUGGCCUUCUCGACAAUCAGGUCCGAGGCUGGUUUCCAUCGAAUUACGUGGAGCCUAUUUCGGAUCAGGAGGUUCAAGUGGAGCUCAUGGCUCGUGCUCAAAUCCAUCCCAGCUACAGCUUAGGCCUCAGCUCACAACCUUCCACCGAAUCCGACUCUUUCUCUCGCCUCGCUUUCGGUGCCGGCUUCGAUGGUCUCCAAGCACUCAUCAAGGGCGAUGGCAUUGGCAAUAGUGAUGCUUUCAGCCAGCUCGCGGAAGCAGCAAUGCUCGACCCGAGGAGACGCAUGUUCGAUCUUGCAAGCCCAAAACUCGCCGACAACGCCGCCAUGCACCAGUCCGAUGCAUCACCUUACCGACCUGCUCCAGCAGGCUCUGGUCAAUCUGGCCUUCCAGGCUACUCGCAUUCCAACUCCUACUCUCUCUCUGCCGACCAGCUUGCCAUCGAGCGCGAAAGGGCCAGAGCCGCUUCUGUAUCCAACCCGCUAGCAGGCAGCUCCGCCGCAUCUCCCUCUCUCGCUGCAGCUGCUGCUGCUGCCACUGCAAGGCCCAGGGCUGCAACCGGCUCGCAGGCCAACUUGGCCGGCGGAGACACAUGGGUUCAGAAGACAUCUCAACGUGGCCAAACCGUAUUCUAUAACACAAGAACAGGGGCAACCUCAUCACAGCUGCCUCCAGGCGGAUCUGUUGCGCAAUCAGAAAUGGCAGAGUCCUCGUCGAGCAGAUCCCACACGCAAACGAUGCUUCGCGGCGUAUCUUCAGGACAAAACAGCGCUAUUGAUUCUCGCAAGGAUCUGCAAGGCUCCAGUCUUCGACCCGAUCGUAGUAGACCGAACUCGCUUGCGACCAGCGCAGAGUCACACCCCUCUUCCACCAACAGCAGCAGCACCGCCAUCUUCCACAACGGCACUGCUCCAGUUCGAGCGCCUAGCAGCAAUACCGCCGAUCGCAUGCCGGAUCCCAACUCAGUGCCCAAACCAUGGAAGCUACGCCUCACAGACGAUGAGAAGUACUUCUUCUAUGUCCAUCGCUCUUCUCAGGAGAUUCGCUGGAAUUAUCAAGAUGCCAAGACCAAGCUCACCAUUCUCUCCAAUAUCACCCCUCGCAGUCGGUCGCCACGGCAAUCGGCUGGCCCAGCAGCCACAGCGAGCCAACACAGUAAAGGCGCUUCCAGCUUGGGUGCUGAACUCAACCUUGCUCGGGACGUCUCGGCUCUCAAUCUCGAUUCGGAUGAGUCCGACUUGGACGGUGAUGUGAACCCUCGACUGCCAGGCAAGCCGCCAAAGAGGUACUCCGAUGCAACACGCAACGGUGGUUCGGCGACGAGUCUUGCUGCCUUUGCUCACCACCCAGUGCUGUCGCCUCCCAAGAUUGCGCCUGCCACUCUGCUCCAUGAAGAGACAGCUGCUUACGAGCUGCAGAAGGCGCUGACACCAGCCCAAGUCCGACCCGUCAGCUUAUUGGUUCGUCGCGCCAAUGAACAUAUCCGUCAAUUGGCAGCCAUUGCUACCGAGCAGAUCGGCACCAAUGGCUUGACAGAGUCAGAUGCAUCGAUUUGGAGCUUUGCAAGCGGAGGCGUCUACCUUCCAAGAUUGGCUCACACCACCGCCAGUGUGGUGGCUGCCAUCAGAGAGGUGCUGUACGCAACUGGCUCUCUCUCGCUCUCCAUCAACGAUCUGGCUUCCAUCUCCAAUCUUGUCUCACCACACGCAGCAGUAGUGGAUGCCAUCAGGAACCUUCCAGAUUCGUCAAGCGGCGUGAAGGACUUGAAUCUCAACCUGUACUCGAAGAUACUACACACGCUAUACACAUCCUCGCAAGGUUCUGCAGACACUGCUUCGCUCCACCUGUUCGGCGCCAACCCCAAAGACUCGGUUGCUCCCAUUCCUGGCAGCCUUUAUCCCAUCGGACGCAAGCUCAACGCUGUUGUGUCCAAGCUCGUGCUCUCUUCACGUCAAGUCAUAGACCAUACCGUCACCCUAGCUUCGUCGCCCACCUCUGGCAUGGAGAGCACGAUGACCGAACUUGAUGCAGAUGUCUUUUCCAAGCUUUAUCAGUGUCGACAGCGCUUGCGCGAAGAUGCGCUCGAGCUCACGCGCACUUUGCAGAGCCUGAGCUCAGAAGCUGAGAAGUCGAGAAGCACUGCACUAGGUGCAGCGCACAGCCGCGGAUGGUUGCGUCGAGUUGAGGGUAGUCUGGAAAGUGAUCUUGGUCUCAAUGGCGUCGGUCCAACAUCUUUCGGCAGUGGUAUGGCUGCCGGAUGGUUGGGCAACGGCUUUGUAUUGCCCUCCAAGUACGAGGUCAACCUGAUCAAGGCGGAGCAAAAGGGAUCGAAGAGUAACAACCCGUUCGACCAACGUCGAGAUGCCGAGUCCGCCGUGGUUCGAGGUCUGCUCACCUUGCGCCGUAUCCCAGAGCAGCGCCUCGACCAGCAAAUACUGAAGCAGCUCCAGUACUUCGCUUCUCGCCUUGAUACUGUCCAACAAGCGCUUGCAAUUGGCAAGACGGGCAGCCCUGCUGCAACAAAGUCUGCUUCGGCCUUGCUGUCCCACUACGGCGCUCUCGAGGCUCUGAUUGAGAGCAUCGAUCUCGCUUCUGGCCUCGAUGUCGAUGGGCCGAACACUAAGGAAAGCAAGUUGACUCCGAUCAACGAGCGCAAUGCCGCAAACGCUGCCAAGGCGCGCGAUUUAAUGCGGCGAUUCGUGGCGCUUAAGCAGGCUGCUUACGAUGCCUCUUGCGCCCUCUUCAUUGCGGUCCAAGAGCAGAGCUCUUCAGCAUCGAGCGCAAUCGUGGCGCAGAAACAGGCUGUCAAACUCGUCAAGGUGACCUCAGCCGUGGUCCGAACACUUGAGGACCUCGCCAAGGUCGCGGAAGAGCAACUCCGAAAUGCGUCCCCCUUCCUCGGUGCGCGUGCCUCGGUGUACGGAUCCGAAGACGGCGUCACUAUGCCUUCCACUGGCGUCUUCUCUCGCAAAGUCAACACCUCCAGCAACGGUCUGCACGAAGAAGUGGGAGAGCUUGCACGAUACGACAGGAGCAAUGGAGAAGAAGCAGAGGAGGAAGCCGAGUUCAUGUACCUCGGUCCUGGCAUCGCUGUGCCCAACGGGCCUAGAGCGAGGUCAGGUAGUCGAGCUACGACAGCUUCGACGACCAACUCUCCCGUCACUAGUCUGGCACCUGGCCGUGUCGGCUCCAAUCAGGCCAGCAGCUACCGUCAGCGAUCCACUUCCGUCACUACUGGAGGAGGAUCCGUCCGAUCCAUGCAAUCGUACACUGAUGCAUCGAGCAGAGUUCUCAGCCGCAGAGGCACUCUGGUCGAUGGCCAAGCUGCUGAGAGCAUCGACGAGGACGGCGAGUCUGUACGCACUGGCAGUGGAAAGCUACGCAGGCUGUUGGGUGACGACGCACCUUUGUCGCACACCAUGACUCAGGACAGCGAGAACAGCGUCAACACUGCCAACACCAUGUCGACCACUGCUCGGCGCAAAGAGGACGAGGUGCCGUGGUUCUUAGAACCCGACUACAUGGGCGAUGACAUUGUCAUUGCUCAGGAUGGUUCGGUGAAGGCUGCUACUCUCGAAGCACUGUUGGCGCGUCUGACGAUGCACAACUCGUUCGAUGCUUCCUUCAACAACACAUUCUUGAUGACCUACCGAUCUUUUACGACGACACAGACGUUGCUUGACUUACUGGCCCAGCGAUUCCGCAUUCUUCCGCCCGAGGGUCUCAACGAGGAAGAGCUAACGCUGUGGACGGAAAAGAAGCAGAUUCCGAUCCGACUGCGUGUCUUUAAUGUCCUCAAGAUGUGGCUCGAGAUGCAUUUCUACGAAGGCGAAGACGAGCCCUACCUCGACCAAGUCCGCCGUUUUGCAGUCGAAGAGAUGGGCGAGGCUGCUUCGAUGAAGGCUCCCUCUCAGCACUUGCAGAGGUUGGUGGAACGAAGACAAGGUGAUGGAGAGCAAAUGGUUCGCAAGAUGGUCUUGCCUACCUCAGUGCCUGCUCCGAUUUUGCCGAAAAACAUGAAAAAGCUCAAGUUCCUGGAGAUUGACCCGUUGGAGAUUGCUCGACAGCUCACACUUAUAGAAAGCCGACUCUACAACAAGGUCAAACCAGCCGAAUGUCUUGGCUUGAAAUGGACGAAGCCAGGUAAUGAUGUUCAUGCGAAGGGCAUUAUGGAGAGCAUCAACACUCACAAUCGAAUCUCUGCUUGGGUUGCAGAAACCAUCUUGCAGCAAGAAGAUCUCAAGAAACGUUCUGCGUUGAUCAAGCACUUCAUCAGCAUCGCGGAUCGUUGUAGAGGCUUGAACAACUUCUCGGGCAUGUGGGCUAUCGUUUCUGCCCUUUCGACAGCACCGGUGCAUAGGUUGAGAAGGACGUGGGAUGCGGUUUCCCAAAAGCAUGUUCUCGUCUUCGAGUCGUUGGAGAACCUCAUGUCUGCAAGCCGCAACUGGGCCAACUACAGAGAGACGAUACACAAACUCAAUCCUCCUUGCGUUCCUUUCUUGGGUCGAUACCUCGGAGAUCUUACCUUUAUCGAAGACGGGAAUCGCGACAGACUAAAGGAGAACGACAAGCUGAUCAACUUUGGCAAACGACAAAAGACAGCGGAGGUCAUUCGAGAGAUCACGAUUCAUCAAUCUACUCCGUACAACUUGGCAGUAGUGCCGGCGUUGGAGAAGUGGAUCGAGAGCAAUUUGGUGGAUGCAAGAUCGGCGGAUGAUUUGUACGAACAGAGUCUGGCACUGGAGCCGAGAGAGAGGGAGGAUGAGAAGAUUGCACGAUUGUUGCAGGAAAGUGGAUUCUUGUAG